CUUUCUUUUCACAAGGUUGUUGUACCUGUUUGAAGAACGGAGAUUGUGAUUAAAAAGUUUUACAUUUAUAAAAGAUGCUUAUCGUUGUGUAAAAUACCGGUGUUUUACUAUUUUGAGUUGAUUUAGUUUUUAAACCUUUAACAAUAUGGAUAACGUUCAGAGAGGUAGUUUAUAUGUAACAUACGUUGACAAGGAAGGUCCGUUUUUAAAGAUAUGGGGGCAAAGAGAUAAAGACACGGCCGUUUAUGUAGAACAGUUUCUUGCACACAUUGCCGAACAGUUCGAACUUGGCAUUGGAAAGACUAACCGAGAGAAUUUACCUGUUGGUAAACAAGUAUGUGCAAGAUACAAAGAUGGUAAAUAUUACCGGGCAAAGAUAACGAGCAACACACUUGGAGCUGAGGAAUUUGUUGAGGUUAGCUUCAUUGACUAUGGUAAUAGAGAAAUUUUACCAGUAGAAGCAAUAAGAUCGGUCGAGGGACAUUUGAGUUCUUUGCAGGCCAUUCCACCCCUAGCUACAGGUUUCAUUUUUGCUGAGGCUCAUUGUGUAGGAGGGGGAGAAUGGAAUGAGACAGAUUUCGAAAGAUUGGCCAAAGAAAUUAAAUAUAGAGAAGUCCAGUGCACUAUCCUAACUAAAGCUACGCAUUAUUAUCUUAUUAAGAUAUUUUUUGAAGGGAAUGAUCUGUGUCACCUUUUGAUUCAAAAAGAUUUGAUGCAACCAAUCUCCCUUCAAGCACAACAAGCUGUUCUAUUAAGUAUGAGUAUGCAGAAACCACAACAACAGGCUCAAUCCCAACAGAUGACUAUUGGUCCCUCAUCUGGAAUUAAUACUUACAAAGCUUGUACGCUCGAGCCAGGAUGUCAAUAUCCUGUUUUCGUUUCUUAUGUAAAUGAUGGCCCAUGUCACUUUUCAGUUCAACUUAAACAGACUGAAGAUGUUUUAGUUCAGCUGAUGAAUGACAUUAAUAAAAUGCCCUUGAGGACUUUCGAAGAUAUUCCCAUUCCUGGUACAGUUUGUUUAGCAAGAAGUAGAGAUGACAAUACUACAUGCAGAGCUGUAGUAACUAACGAAGUUGAUACUCAAUUUAAAGUUUUCUUUGUAGACUUCGGAAAUUACGAAACACUACCAUUGGAAUCCCUUUUUCAAAUUCCAUUCAAAUAUGUUCUGCCGAAAGUAAUGGCCAUACGUUUCUCACUGUUCGGCGUAGAAAAGGCAACUGUCACAAUCGAUAUGAGAAGCGCUUUCAAAAAGUUCGUAGACACUAGAUUAUUGCAUAUGAAGGUUUUACCAUCGCCUACUAGAACAGCUUUACCCAAAUGCGAACUGUGGGAUCCAGAAACUAUGACCAGUGCACUCGAUGUCGUAAUUAGAGCAGCAAAACACUCGUAUCCCGAGCCAGUAAUGUUAGUGAGAGGUUUUAGCCAGCCAGUCAAAGUUAGUUUUGUGUAUAGUUGUAACCGAUUCUAUGUUCAGUUAGUAAAAAAAGAACAGGAACUAACAACUCUUAUGGAAGAGCUUCAAAGUUUAUGUCUAGAAAGUGCUUUUAUGGACUUUUCUUCCGUUAAACCAGGAAUUCCAUGUUGUGCCCAAUACAGCGAAGACCAGAUGUGGUAUAGAUCGCAAGUUACAGAAGUACAAGGAAAUGUAGUCACAGUUCGCUACAUAGACUACGGAAACGAGGAAUCAGUGGCUAUAGACCAGCUGAAAAACAUCGAAGGCGAAAUUCUAACUGUUCUUAAACCUCAAGCCAUUGAAUGUUGUCUGAAUGGAUACCAAAAGAUGGAACCUGAUCUCCAAAGGGAUGGUUUACUUGAGGAACUGCUAUUGGAAAACACAUUUACAAUGAAAGUUGUGGAUAUGUGCGACAAAAAGGCAUUGGUUGACUUAUUUGAUGAAAAUGAAUACAACGUUUCUUCCUUGUUGCUUGUCAAGUUAUCUGAAGCUAGUUCACAGGUCAGUCCCGUAUUGGUACAAGCAGGCAACAAACUAGAACAUAGAAAAUCAUAUACACAACAAAGGGAACAGAAUUUCAAGGGGGACAGAAGCCCAAACACCGGACGUGAACAAAAACCUUGGGAAAAACCUGGAGACAGGAACGAAAAGUCUUGGAGACAAGAUAGUCGAGAUAAUAGAGAUAAUCGAAAUUUCGAAAAAAAUACGAACGACAACGAUAGAUCUUGGCGUCAAAAUAACAAAGAUUACAGUGUAAAUAGUCGACUGGACAAAUACAAACAAAACGAUACCGGGAACAGUAACGACUAUAACAGUAACAGUAACGAUGCCAAUUGGAAUGACAAUCAGACCAGCGAGAGUUGGAACGACGGCGCCGAAAAUAAUCCCACCGAAGAACCAAAAGACGAAUGGGUAACUGGUUCGAACGAUAACAAUGAAGGUGGAUCCAGUUGGAGAAACAACGAUAACAGAGGCGAUAGAAAGAACAGAGGGGGGUCUCAUAGUGACAGAGGUGGUAGAGAUGGUUUCAAGAGAGACAGAGAUGGAGGUGGUUAUAACAACGAUAGAGGCGGUCGUGGAGAUUAUAACAGCGAUAGGGGGGAUCGUGGAGGAUUUAACAGUGAUAGAGGCGAACGUGGAGGAUUUAAGAGUGAUAGAGGCGAUCGUGGAGAUUUUAACAGCGAUAGAGGCGAUCGAGGAUUUAAAAGCGAUAGAGGCGAUCGAGGAUUUAACAGUGAUAGGAGUUAUAACAACGAUAGGGGCGACAGAGACGAUUUUAACAGCGAUAGGGGAGAUCGUGGAGGAUUUAGAAAUGAUAGAGGAGGAAGAGGUGGAGGACGUGGAGGUUUCAACGAUAGAGGAAGCCAAAGAGAUGGAGGAUAUAAAAGAGAUUAUAAUAAAAAGGAUGGAUCUGAGGAUGGUUCUGAGAAAGGCUUCCAAAGAGGAAACAGAUCGAAUUCCCGCUAUGAUCGAGGAGGUAGACCCCCUAGAGACUUCGACAAAGCCAGGAAUUUCGAUGACAACAAUGCUGGUGGAGAUUCAUGGAACUCCACACCGAAAGCACCGGCCAUAGAUUCUGUUCCCGUCUCUACCACAUUCCAGUCAUACGAAGUCGUUGGUACUGAAGCGAAGAUUACAGUCAGUUGGUUCCAUAAUCCUGAACUAUUCCAUUGCCAGUUAGUAGACUAUCAAGAAACAUUCAAGACCAUGAUGGAAGAAAUCCACGACUUUUACAAAGACAGAAAACCCGAAUUGGUAGUUUGCGGUGCACCUGUAGUUGCUCUGUUUCCCGAAGACAAUGUUCUGUAUCGCGCAAGAGUAUUGGAAGUUGUAGGUAUCGAUUACAAAGUAUAUUUCGUCGAUUUUGGCAACGUAUCCAUAGUUUCCAAGACGUUUCCUAUCGAUAAGAAGUUUAUGAACCUUCCUGCUCAAGCUAUAGCAUGUUCCUUGAACGGCGUAAGUCCCGUUGGUGAAGAUUGGGCAGAUCCAGAUACAUAUAGCGGAUAUUUUGAUAAGGACGCUUUUGUUUGCAAUUUUAUUAAAACCGUUGAUGAAAAAGCUUAUGUAAAUAUAACCUACGAAUCCCAAAGUAUCGCUGACCUAUUAGUCAGAGACGGCUUGGCCCUGUCGGCCGCAUCUGGUCCGUCGGACGGAGAUGUAGAUAUCAACGUGCUACUCGGCCAGCAAUUUAGAGCUACUAUCAUCAGCGUAAAUGAUCUGAACGACUUCAUCGUGGGACUGGAUUGUGGUAAAAUCAUCACCUGCACCAUGCAUAACUUGGAAACUGCGACUGAAACUUUUAAAGACGACCUUAAGGGUCUCUUGCAACAGGCUGUGAUUAUAUAUGUCGAUAAUGUCUUAGAAGAUAAUAAGUUAGAAAUUACCCUUUAUGAUACUGAAGGAAAUAAACACGUUAUAGUUAACCCUGAUGAAGGUGCAUACGACACUUUAGAUCUUCCUUGUCCAACGCUGAUAUUACGUUCAAACAUAACCGGUUAUGUACCUUUCGGCAGUGAAUCAUCAGUUUUUAUCCAACCAAACGAAUACCUCGAAACCAUAAAUUCCCUUCUCGAUCUGUUGUUUGAAACUUACGACAGUAAACCAAACGAGAACACAAUAAUUCCCGAAACUGAUUCCAUAUAUGCGGUACAUAGUGAAGAUGGAAACUGGUAUCGAGGCAAAGUGACUGAUUUCGAUGAUGAACUGGCUACGGUUUCGUUUAUAGAUUAUGGCAACUCUGAGCAAGUGGCGUUUGCUGCGUUAAGAGAGCUUGAAAAAGCAUUUUUGGACAUUCCUAUUUUGUGCGUUGAGAUUAAUAUUGGCGUUGACGGUACCCCGUUCGUUGACAGUGAAGUAACAGCCAAAGUCUUUUAUGGUGAAACUGGCUGGGAAGGUACUCUGCAGCCCCCGGAGUCUUCUGCUCCAGAGGCCGCUUCAGUACCAGAACCGCAGGAAAAUUAUGUCGAAAGUACACAGGAAACUGUUGCCUAUACUGAAGAGAUACCACAAGAGAAUAUUUCGAAUGAUCAACCAUUACAUGGUCAAAUAGUUGAAACAGGAUCAUCUGCUGAAGCAGCAUCAGCUGUUGAUGAACCAUUAAAAGGAACUGUUGUUUAUAUGAGUCAUAUUGACUCCCCAAGCGAUUUUUACCUGCAGUUUGCCAAAAACAAGGAAGAUAUCGAAAUCCUUCAAAAUGAAUUACAAACUAUGGUAGAAGAAAUGGAGGUUCUCGAAAAUCCAGCACAUGGUGCUUUGUGCGCUGCUCCCUAUUCCGUGGACCAACAGUGGUACCGAGCAGAAGUGUUGGAUGCUGAUGAGGAUAUUACCACGGUGCGAUUCGUUGAUUUUGGUAACACUGAUGUCAUCGAUAAUAACGCAACAAAAGUAAAAACUCUUCCUCCAAAGCUUCUAUCACUAGCGAUCUACGCAACGAGAUGUGCCCUUAAAGUUGAGCCCUUGGGAGAGGAAUGGGACGCUUUAGCAAUGACAGCUUUUGAGAAUCUUACCAAUAUCGACCUUAAUUUAACGGCCGAGAUUAUAAAUCAGGAUGAAAAAUGCACGUAUGUGGAACUGUACAGUGAUGGUACGGAUGUUCGGGCAGCUUUGGUGAAUGACAACCUGGUUAAACCAAUUGCAGAAACGACCGAAACAAGACAGACUGGUUUCGUAAGCCACUUAAACUCACCGUCCGAAUUCUGGAUCCAACUGGAGAGUUGCAUAGACGAACUCGAAUGGAUCGCCGAACAGCUCAGCUCAGCUGAGACAUUCCCCGACGUAACGGAUUUGACUCCCGGCACUUUAUGUGCAGCUCUUUUCCCAGACGAUCAAAUGUGGUACAGAGCUAGAAUUCUAUCUGACACUGUGGCAGGUCUAGAACUUAUUUUCAUCGAUUAUGGCAACUCGUGCGUCUGCACGGAUUUGAAGCAGCUUCCAGAAGAUUUGGUCAUGACUGCGCCACUUGCGAUGAAGUGUAGUCUGCAGAAGAACGACGGUAUUCCCACAUGGACGCCAGAGGCCGCUGCUAAGUUUUCGGAUAUAUCCGCCGAAGGCCAGACGAUUUUUACCGUUAAAAAAAUUAGCAGCGGUGAAACUUCCAUCGUGCAGCUUUUCUUAGAAGACAAAGACGUAACUACCAUGUUGUUACCUUCUACUGAAGACGGUCAUAUUAAAGAACUGGAAGCUUUAGACAAUCUAACGAUUGAAAAAGAAGACGGUGCAAUCGUGGAAAAACAGUCCUUAGAGCCCAUGGAAGGACAGGAGCUCGAUGAAAAGUCCAAGGAAAAAUUGGAGGAAUUGAGCGAAAAAGGUACCACAGUCUUCCAAGUUGAAUUUGUUAAUGAAAGUACCAUCAGACUAUACCAUAAUGGUAAAGACAUUCGUCCGUUCUUAGGAGGCUUCAAAAAUUCAUCACUUGAUGAUCCGUUACAUAAUCAAGGGUCUGAUGAGGCUCUAAUACAAGAUCAGAAUGUGGCAGAAACAGAAAUUACUGAGUGUAUAGAAAACACUUCAGUAAUUUCUUCACAAAAUCAAGGUCUAUCAGAAAUAGAUAACUCGACUUUAUUGGAACAUAGUGGUGGAAGUAUAGAAGACAUUAAACCAGAAUCAAUUGAAGAAUGCUCAAUUGCCGACAAUGAAGAAGAUAAUACCAUUACAAUAUCUGCAAAACAAUUGGAACCUGCAAUUGAUAAAGCAGAAGCAUCUACAGAAGAUACUAAAGUUCCUUUAGAUGCGGUUGAAGAUGAUGCAAUUGAAAAACCAGACGUGCUUACAGAAGAUUCCAAAGACACUUUAGACGUAGCUGAAGAUGAUGCAAUUCAAAAAUCAGAUGCAGUUACAGAAGAACCUAAAAACCCUUUGAAUGUGGUUGAAGAUGAUGCAAUUGAAAAAUCAGAAGUGCUUACAGAAGAUUCCAAAGACCCUUUAGAUGUAGUUGAAGAUGAUGCAAUUCAAAAAUCAGAAGCAGUUGCAGAAGAACCUAAAGGCCCUUUGAAUGUGGUUGAAGAUGGUGCAAUUGAAAAAUCGGAAGCAGUUAUAGAAGAACCUAACGACUCUUUGAAUGAGGUUGAAGAUGAUGCAAUUGAAAAAUCAGAAGCAUUUACAGAAGAUCCUAAAAACCCAUCAGAUCUGGUUGAAGUUGAUGCAGUUGAAAAAUCAGAAGUACUUACAGAAGACUCUAAAGAACCUCUAGAUAUGGUUGAAGAUAAUGCAACUGAAAAAUCAGAAGUAUUUACAGAAGAACCUGAAGACCUUUUAAAUGAGGUUAAAGAUGAUGCAAUUGAAAAACCAGAAGUGCUUACAGAAGCUUCCAAAGACCCUUUAUACGUAGUUGAAGAUGAUGCAAUUCAAAAAUCAGAAGCAGUUACAGAAGAACCUAAAGACCCUUUGAAUGUGGUUAAAGAUGAUGCUGAAAAAUCAGAAAUGCUUACAGAAGAUUCCAAAGACCCUUUCGAUGUAGUUGAAGAUGAUGCAAUUCAAAAAUCAGAAGCAGUUACAGAAGAACCUAAAGGCCCUUUGAAUUUGGUUGAAGAUAGUGCGAUUGAAAAAUCAGAAGCAGUUAUAGAAGAUCCUAAAGACUCUUUGAAUGAGGUUGAAGAUGAUGCAAUUGAAAAAUCAGAAGCAUUUACAGAAGAUCCUAAAAACUCAUCAGAUGUGGUUGAAGAUGGUGCAAUUGAAAAGUCAGAAGUACUUACAGAAGCUUCUACAGAUCCUUUAAAUGUGGUUGAAGAUGAUGCAAUUGAAAAAUCAGAAGUACUUACAGAAGAUUCUAAAGACCCUUCAGAUGUAGUUAAAGAUGAUGCAGUUGAAAAGUCAGAAGCAUUUACAGAAGAUCCUAAAAACCCAUCAGAUGUGGUUGAAGAUGAUGCAAUUGAAAAAUCAGAAGCAGUUACAGAAGAACCUAAAGGCCCUUUGAAUUUGGUUGAAGAUAGUGCAAUUGAAAAAUCAGAAGCAGUUAUAGAAGAUCCUAAAGACUCUUUGAAUGAGGUUGAAGAUGAUGCAAUUGAAAAGUCAGAAGCAUUUACAGAAGAACCUAAAAACUCUUCAGAUGUGGUUGAAGAUGAUGCAAUUGAAAAGUCAGAAGUACUUACAGAAGCUUCUACAGAUCCUUUAAAUGUGGUUGAAGGUGAUGAAACAAAAAAUCCUGACAUAACUUAUGACACAUUAGUUGGCCAACUUGCGAGUUACACAGAAAAAAUAAAAGCUGAAACAGAAGAGUUUUUGUCAAAGGAUGAUACUAAACAUGCGCAAGAAACACUUUCAAAAAGCUAUGAAUCUCAAGACGGGUUAGAAACGUCAGAAGAGUCUAGUGUUUCUGAUACUAAACUGGGUAGAAAUUAUAUAGAGGGCGAAUCUCAAAUUAAACAACUUUCUGAAGAGUCUGAUAUGACUGAAAAGUCAGAGAUUUCCGAUACUAAACAUAACACAUUAGAUUUAAAAGAAGAUGAAUCUCAAAUUCUACAAACGUCUACAGCCUCUGAUAGUUCUGCAGUUCAGGAAACCGAAACAGAUCUUAAAGAAGUUGAAGUCCAAAAUGAGGAUGUUUCCUGUGAUCAACCCUCAGAAAAAUCUGAUAUUUUUGAAACUAAGCAGGACACAGCUAAUCUUAAAGAAGGUGAAUCUCAAAUUGGACUAACCCCUGCAGAUUUUGAUGUUUCUAAACCUGUAGAAUCGGAAACAGAUUUAAAAAAUAUUGAAUCUCAACAUGAGGAUACUUACUCUGAUCAAUGCUCUGAAAAAUCUGAUACUAAACAAGACAAAACAGAUUUAAAAAUUAAUGAAUCUCAAAUCGAGCAUGUUUCUGCAGGGUCUGAUAUUUCUUAUCUUCAAGAACAAACAGAAACAUGUGUAAACAGUGAAUCUCGAAAUGAAGUUGAUUCCUCUGAUCAACUCUCAGAAAAGUCUGAUAUUUCCAGUAUUAAAGAGGACAGCGCGAUUUCAAAAUGCGACGAAUCUCAAAUUGAAGACAGUUUGUCGAAUCAACUUAACGAAUCAUCAGUAGGAAUUAACGAAUCAUCAGAAAUGGCAGUGGAUGAUGUUAUAAAAGAACAUGUGAUGACUACAAGCUUAGUUGAGAUAAAUAAUUUAGACGAAACGCCCCAUUCCAGUGAACAUUCAUUAUCAGAAAAUCAGAAUAAAAUGGCAACAGGAGAUGUUAUUGACAAUAAAGAAGAUAUUGUUGAUGAAACGUUAGAGGAAUCUGAAAAUUUGGAAGACAGUGAAGAUUCUUCUAAUCAAGCAACAAGCGUAUCUGGGAAUAGUGACGAAAUAGAACCGAUAAGCCCAAAACUGGCCACAGUGGGCGAUACUACUGAAAAUAAAACUACAAGAAAAUCGUUGGAAAGGAGAGCACUUAAUUUACCGAAAGAUCUGCGUAGUAAAAGUACUGAAGACGCUCAGGCAAAGGAUGCUCAAGGAGCUGUAAAGAAAACUACACCAACUAAGAGUGAUUCUAAAACAGUGUCCCCAACGAAAAUUGCAUCACUUAAAAAGACUCAUACCAAAUCUCCACCUAAAGUAGAGACUGUUGCUAAAACGAGUCCUACAAAACCUCUUCGAGCUUCACCAAGUUCCAAAAUAAGUCCGAAGAAGGAUUCUCCUGCAAAAAAUAACACGAGUCCCACAAAAUAAAUGAGAUUUCUCAAAAUGGUAUGAAUCAGACUCAAACUUUAACUCGGGAUUACGACCCCUAACAACUAAAUGUUCUGGCAAACGAAAACAUUCUUCUUUACAACUCUGCUUAUUGAAUUAAAGAUCGAGAUCAACAAUACAUUAAAUUGGAUCAUUAAUAAUACACUGCGCCUCAGAGAAAACGAGCCACCCACAAAAUGGGUUAUUUUUGAUGUCUCGAAUUUCCUAAACCUGUUGUCCGAUUUAAGUGAUUUUUUUAAAUAUGUUAUAGCCUUAUUCUUAAACAAUACCGCUGUAAUAAUGUUGUUGCUAAACAGGAAAAUUUUCAUGGUAUACCGGGUGUACGAAUCAAACGUGUUUUUUGUCAAAGUUCGAAUCACCCUGUGGAAUAUUCUAGCAUUUAUAAGAUACUGAAAUUAAAACGCAACUAUAGCCUCAGGUUUUCUUAACAUUCUGGUUUUUUAUUCAUUCGCUUAUGUUGGAUAAUAAAAAAGUUAGGUACUUUAACAACUAGCCAUGUUUUUCAUCAAUACGGGGGUGUCUUUAAAUAAUUAUGACAAACUUUAAGGGGUAAUUCUGCAUGGAAAAAUAAUGACAGUUUGCUUUUUAAACGGUAUGUCCGCAAAUGCUUCGUUUCGGAUAUAUGGGGUGUUGAAGUUAUUCUUACAAACUGACGAUUUAUUUAUUGCUCUAAAACCGGUUGAGAUAUGCAAAUGAAAUUUGGUGGGUUUUAAGUUACUGCGCAUUUUUUGACAUACAACGAGGAAUUUUAUAUUCACCAUUGGCGCGCAUACGGUUAAUAUGACCUGUAUUCGUGUUAAUGGUGAAUAUAAAAGUGUUAAUUGUAUGUCAAAAAAUG